AUGCAUCUCAAAAUAUUGUCUGAUACUCUGCAGUACAUCCACCUUGACGGAACUUACAGCCUGCUAACUGCGAGAAAUGCGAAACUUGUGUUUGAAUGGUUUAAACUUCUAGAUUGCCAUAACACAGGCAGUCUAAAUGAUAUACAGUUUUUUCAUUUCUUGAACGCUAUAACGAAUUUAGGAAAAGUAAAAAUUUAUAAGGUGUUCGACAUGUUGGACGUUGACGGGUCUGGCGACAUUGAUUACGAUGAGUUUUACUUGAUAAUAUGCAUUCUGAUUGCAAUUAAGGACAAUCAAGAAAAGCAGUUCAUCUACAGGCACUCCAGAACUGUGUUUGAGCUUCUAGACGAAGAUGGAUCCAAUUCUGUUUCUGCAGAGGAGUUUAAAAACUUUGGUUUCCUUUUCAACUUCCACAGUCGUGCUGUUGCAACAAUUUUCGAUGAGUUUGACAUAUCGGGUGACCAGGAACUUGACUAUAAGGAGUUCAAGAUGUUCACAAUGGCCUGCAUCGACAGACAGAUGGACAUCGAGAAGGACAAGAAAAAGAAACACGUUCAAAAACUGGUAAGCGAUAGACUGCGUGAGAAGAAGAAGUUGGAAGAAGAGUUCCAGAAGCACAGGAACAAGCUGAUGUUCGUCACUGCCUUCCUGUCGACCAAGAACCAGUCCGCACAUCGGCUGGUGAGGACCAACAGUAGAAAGAUAUCCGUGUGAGUUUAUGUUGACACGCGGGAAGGGCAUCAUCGAAAUCUUCUUCUAACCCAUUGAGCAGGAAAUGUCUGCAGGAAACAUCGCGAUAAGGGUACAAGCACAAUAUUGCGACUGCUUCCGU